AGUUGAAUGCAAAUGGGCCAGCGUCGUACUAGAAUUUGUCCAAGUAUUUAUGUUUUUUUUUUCAAGUGCAAAACGUGUGUUAAUUUACAAAACUUAUACGCUGGAAACGGGCAUGUUAAAGCAUAAAAUGCAUGCACCGCAAGCUAGAUUAAAACGUAAUUUAAACAAAUUCCCAACACACAUACCUAAGAAAAAUCAACGCACACACACAAACGCGCAACGCGUGUAUAAACAUAUGAACGAAGCAUAGAAAGAAAACCCAACACAACAAUAAUAACAAUAACGUGAACAGAAGCAGCAGCACUUGUGAAACAGUGAACAAUAAUAUAAUUGAUAAAAUUGAUAAAUGUAGAGUGAAGCGAAAGGAGGCAACUAAACGAACUACCGAAACGGCAGGCGCGAUUUUCUUCGUCGUUGUCCCUGUGUCAAUAGAGAGAGAAAGAGAGGAAACAAAAAAUUGUUACUAAAAAUAGCAAUAAAUAGACAAAACCCCGUUGUCGCUGACGUUUUCUUCUUUCGGACUUUGGGCCUUGUCUCCGUUUUGACAGUUACCGUUAGCCUGUUGGAUCAAACAGCAGCAGCCGCAGCUACACAUACAUAAAGACAAAUAUACAAACAAAUAAAUAACUAUAAAGUGAAAUUACGCUACAUUUUGGUGCCUAGUGGUUUUUUGUUUUGUUUCGUUUUUGUUUUUGUUUUGUUAUUCUGUUUUGUGCUUGCUGCGUUUGUUUGGAGACGAAAUAAGAGCAACAGCAGCAGCAGCAGCAGCACCAGCAACAACAACAAUAACAUCAGCAAACACGGAUCAACACAAUGCUCUUAAAAUUCACAAAAACCAGUGGAGCCGGCGGCGCGGGUUCAGGCACCAGUUCAUCGAUGCAGGCGACCACGACGUACGCGGUGCGCGGUGGAACAGGCAUGCGUAUGACCAUGUCCACAAACUCAACGAUGAGUCCUCGCAUCCAUCGCAAAGGCUUUCGCAUACCAUCGAAAAGACAGCCGGGCAAGGGACUGCCGGGCAAAUUGCACACUAUAGCCAGGACGGGUCCGGGGAAGCUAGUGCCAGGGAAACGAAUACCACAGAGACCGCAUCCGCCGCCCUGCGACAAUUCCAAUGACAGUGGCUUGGGAUUCGAUCAGCACACGGAGCUGCGCAAUGGCACUGCCCCGGUUGCUGUCGAUGCCAGGAGCAGCAACCCCAGCAGCAGCAGCAGCAGCAGCAGCAGCAGCAGUAGCAACAGCAGCAGUUGUAGCAGCAGCAGCAGCACCAGCAGCAGCAGCAACAGCAGUGGCAUCCCAGGCAGUGGGCAGCAUUCAAAUCUGAUAGUAAAUAGUGUGACUGCAGGUGCGGCAAGCAGCAGCUCCUUGCAGCAGCAGCAGCAGCAUCAUCAACCGCAGCAGCAGCAACAACAACAGCAGCAACAGCAUCCGCAUCAACAGCAGCAACAACAUUCACCGCAGCAGCAUUUAAUACGCGCGAUACCUGUUUCAAGAUCGCGUCAUGCUCAGAAAAUGCUAAACUAUCUGGAUGAAAUCGAAUCGAACUCUUCGCCAACAUUCGUGGACGAUCUGGUGACGCCGCCGAGCAACGAUGAGGACACCGGCUUCGGCACCGACAGUAAUCAGGCAACAGCGACAACCACAACAGCAACAUCGAUACCGUCGCUCAGCUCCGAGUUGUUCGGUGGUCUAUUUAGCACAACGCUGCGCCAUAAGACAGCUGAUGUGGUGCUCACUGUACAACAGCCACAACAAUUGCAGCAGCAGCAGCAACAGCAGCAUUUCCAGCAGCAGCAGCAGCAGCAACACCAACAACAGCCCCAGCAGCAACUAUUUCAGUAUCCCGCAUUAAAUUUACAUCUGCAGCAGCAGGAAGCCACCAGCGAGGCGGAGAGCAGCGGCAGCAGCGGUGCCAGCAGUGGCCGCGGUGGCGGCAAGCACCUGAAGCGGCGCAAGCUCGAGUGCAAUCAGGUGGAGCUCGACAACGAUGAUGCGUGCAGCGAAGAUGAGUUUAUACGCAAAAUUGCCACCGUUGCGGCCGACAACAGUCCGGGCGAUGAGCCGAAUACGGCACGGGAAACGCUGAGCUAUGCCAGCAAAGGAAGGAACAACAGUGAGCCAAAAUUCAUUGGCACACGCGCCGUAACCCGCGUGGCCAACAAGCGACAGCCCACAACGCCACUGAACAGCAUCGCCAGCUCCAACGAUAGCCAUGUGCAGCUGGAGAUCGUGUCGCAGCCGGAGCAACAGCAUCGUGCACGCUACCAGACCGAGGGCAGCCGCGGCGCCGUCAAGGAUCGCAGCGGCAACGGAUUUCCCAUUGUCCGGCUAACGGGUUACGAUAAGCCGGCCGUGCUGCAGGUGUUCAUCGGAACGGACAUUGGACGCGUCGCGCCGCACAUGUUCUAUCAGGCGUGCAAGGUGGCUGGCAAGAAUUCGACGCAGUGCAACGAGAAGAAGGUCGACGGCACCAUGGUCAUCGAGAUUGACUUCAAGCCCGAAACGGACAUGACCAUCACCUGCGAUUGCGUUGGCAUCCUUAAGGAACGCAAUGUCGACGUGGAGCAUCGCUUUCCGGAGCAUCUGGCCCAGAAGAACAAGAAGAAGUCAACACGUUGUCGCAUGGUCUUUCGCACGCAGCUAACACGUGACGAUGGCAGCACUGAAACGCUGCAGGUCUGCUCCAAUCCCAUCAUAUGCACUCAGCCACCCGGUGUGCCGGAGAUCUGUAAAAAAUCGCUAAACUCUUGUCCCGUCGAUGGUGGUCUGGAGCUGUUCAUAAUCGGCAAGAACUUUUUGAAGGACACACACGUGGUGUUCCAGGAGACCUACGACAGUGUCAAUGCCGAUGAUCCGGCAACUGAAUUAGUGGGACGACAGCAGCUAAUCGCCGGAACUUCAGCGCUAUGGGAGCAAAGUGUGCUGCCCGACAAAGAGUAUUUGCAUCAGACGCAUUUGAUCUGCACAGUGCCGCCAUAUCUGCACCAGAAUAUACUAAAGCCGGUCAGCGUCCAGGUGUCCAUUAUAUCGAGCGGCAAGAAGAGCGAGCCCCACACCUUCACCUAUACGCCCAAGGGCAGCUAUACGACUUUGGCGGCGGCCAGCACGUUAAGUAGCACAAUGCAUAGCCAAGAUGUCGCCAGCUUCAUGGACACGAGCAGUGCGCCGGCCAGCAGCAACGGCGCCUGGGGCAGCGCCGCUGGCAGUGCGGCCGUCGUUGCCGCCGCCGCAGCCGCUGCCGCCGCUGGGGCGGCCGGAGCCGGCGGCGUGGUGGAAACGAAGCAUGAGCUGGACCUGGGCAUGAUGCCGCCACCGAUCACCACACAGAUACCGAUGGGACUGCGACGAUCCUCGUUGUCGGGCGCCACGCCCAUGAUCACCGAUCAGCAGCUGGUGCAUCUGAGCGCCGAUGCGGCGCUCAAGAGCGAGCUGCUGGACGAGAGCAGCUCGCUGAGUCCACGCACAGCCGAGACGCUGCACUCGCCGGAGGCGCUCGAUCCCUGCAGCCCCAAUGCCCUGCAGUAUCAUGCGCACUAUGCGCGCGAGGGCAGCCUGGACACGAUCAUGUACGAUCGGUCGAAUAGUAUGCCCGGUUUUCCGGUGCCCGCCGCGGCCACUGUUGACCUCGAUCCUGCCGCGGUGGCCGUGGCCGUUGGGCUGGCCGUCAAGCACGAGAUUAUCCAGCAGCAGCAGAACCAACAGCAGCAGCAACAGCAGCAGCAGCAGCUGGAGCAGCAACUGGAGCAGCAGCAACUGGAGCAGCUGGAGCAACAGCAGCAGCAGCAACAACAGCAGCAGCAACAGUCGGCGGCAGCGGCGGCCAAUGUGCACAAGUUCAUCGACGAUCUGACCAAGUCGACGUCUGUGGUGAAUAGCAACGGCACCAGUGAGCCGGCUCUGUUCAACAGUGCGUCGGACAUCGACCACGCGCUCACCGAUAUACUGCAGCAGAAGGUGGGCGUGCUGACGCACACGCACACACACACGCAUCAGCACUCGAAUGGAGCGGCCACAGCAGCGCCGGGUGUCCUCAAGCGCAGCCUCUCCAUCAGCAGCAGCAACUCGAACUCGAGCUCGCUGUCCGGCAGUGAAACGUCGCCGAAUAGCUCGCCGAUCACGCAGGACAUCAUCCUGAACUCGGAGCCGGCGGCAGCGUUGGGCGCCGGACUGCCGUUGCAGCAGCUGGCAACGGUGCCGGCUGCCGCAGCAGUGGCCAAUGCCGGCGGUGCUCUGUCCACGGACAUCAUUAUGAAUCCGGCCGUAUCGCCGUCGACCAUACUCUGUUCGGCGAACGGAGCCGCCACGGCGGUGGUGGCCAACAUUCUGGCGCCCCACCAGGUGACCAUGGCCAAUUCGAUAUUGAACAACAUUGCCAUGCAGGCGGAGCCGACGCGUCAGGAUGCCGCUGUCGCUGCCCUGGCGCUGAGCAACAUUAUGAUGAGUCCGCCGAAUGCGGCCGCCGGCGUCAGUGUCGAUGUUGGUGACACGUUGCCGCCCACGCCGGCCGUCAUGCAGCCGGAGGUGGCUGCCACGGCCACCUCGACGGCGGUCAGCAACAUGAUCAUCAAGGCUGCCGCCGAUUAUAUAACCACGCAGGAGCAGGAACAGCAUCACUUUCACCAGCAACAGCAGCAGCAACAACAACAGCAGCAGCAACAGCAACAACACCAGCAGCAACAGCAGCAGCAGCAGCAGCAGCAUGCCCAUGCGCAUUCCCAUUCCCAUGCACAUGCACACACCCAUCCCCAUCCACAUCCGCAUCCUCACCCGCAUCCGCAUCCGCAUCCCCAUCCGCAUCCGCAUUCACAUCCGCAGCAACCGCAGCAAGCAGCGAAUGCGGCUGCCAGUGCUGGCGAUCCGCUCGUCAAUCUGCUGCUGAACCACACGACACCGGAAACCGUGGUGGUCGAGGCUGCUGCCGUUGCGGCUGCCGCCGCCGCCGGCUAUCCAACGUUGUCCGGCGUCCAUCUGCCGGUGGUGCCGCCCACACCACAAGAAUCUCUCAUUGUUGCGCUGGCCACUGAGAAUGCGCUGCAGAAGUCGGUGGCCACCGCGGCCAUUACCACCAACGGAGCGGUAAUGACCCAGCAGGCAACGACGCCCAGCAGCACCGGCAGCAUCCUGCCGGCAGCCGUGGGCGCUGUCGCCGCAGCCGCCGCCGUUGCCGUGCAGCCGCCCAUACCACAGGAGCUGACAUCAAUGUCCGACCAGGACCUAAUCAGUUAUAUUAAUCCGAGCACCUUCGAUCAGCUUUAAACGGCAACAGAUCAACAAAUUAAACUAUUGGGUUAUUUUUAAACAAAUAAGGGGAAACCACACAGGCCUAAUCCUAAGCGUAUAAAUAGUAACAAUGAAGAACACACACAUGCAAACAUACACACACACACACAUACACACACACACAAUUACACUUUUUAAUGUGGACCAAAUGUUGUCAAGUUUUUGUUUUUUUUUUUUCUUAUUGUUUGGCUAUCAGCAAACAAUGAGAAUUGGCAUAUUAAAUAGCCUCACACAUACACACACACAUACACACACAUUUGUAUUGUUUUAAGCACACUUGUUAAGCUGUAGACCCUAUAGAUAUACUUUUUUUUUUUUUUUUUUUUUUUUUUGUUCUCGUUAAAUCUAAAUUGAUUUUUUUCAACAAAAGUCAAAUUAUCUCAAAAUGAUAACGACUGCCAUAUAAAUACAUGAUUAUAAAGGAAUAAUA